AUGUUCACUUUAUCAGACACUCAACGCUUCUCCCUUACUAUCCUUGCUUUAGCAUUGACCUCGCUUACCGCAUCUUUGAGCGUUACCUCCUUAAGCAAUGCACUGCCAGUCAUUGUGACUGAACUGGACGGAACAGACAUUGAAGCAUUCUGGGCUGGCACUGCAUAUGUGCUGUGCUCAGCCGUUUUCCAGCCGUCAUUUGCCAUAUUUUCCCACAUCUUUGGGAGACAGCCUUUAUUUGCGGCCGCGUUUCUUUUCUUCUUAACCGGCUCUGCGAUUGCCACGGCAGCUAGAAACUUUAGCAUACUACUUGCUGCCCGCGCUGUCCAAGGGACUGGUGGGGGCGGUCUAAUCACCCUGUCCGAAAUACUUAUUGCAGACUUGGUUCCGCUAAGAGAGCGCGGGAAAUGGAUCGGUCUUCUGAGCAUGAUGUGGGCUGUAGGCUCUCUGACCGGCCCUAUAAUCGGUGGUGCUCUUGCGCAUGAAAGGGUUUGGAGAUGGCUCUUUGCUCUCAAUCUCCCGUUGGCUAGUGCUUCAUUUGUCGCAAUCUCUAUCUGUUUAAGUCCUCGCAUACAGCGUAAUGAUUACAGGCAGGCACUGUCUCGUGUGGACUGGGCGGGAUUUGCUAUCUUUAUCCCUUCUUUGGCGAGUCUUUUGAUCCCCAUAACAUGGGGUGGAGAGAUGUUCCCUUGGUCCAGUUGGCAUACUUUGGUACCAAUAUCGCUUGGGAUUUUUGGUCUCACUCUCUUUACGGUGUGCGAGACAUGGAUUGCACGUGAGCCGUUCUUGCUUCGGAGCAUCUUUUGGGAAUGGAACCCGAAGUUGAUUUACCUGCAAACAUUUUGCCAUGGGGUACUGGUCUGGUCCCUCCUGUACUAUCUUCCCCUUUAUUACCAAGGAGUCAAGGGCUUGUCCCCACUUAUGUCAGGCGUUGCUAUCCUGCCUGAGACGUGCACGAUCAGUGCCACCGCAGGCGCGGCAGGCCUGUUGAUCACAACCAGUGGACGCUACCGAUGGGCCCUCUGGGCUGGGUGGCUUGUAACCACCACGGGUCUUGGUCUACUAUAUCUUCUGGACGUGGAUUGUCCCACAUACCGCUGGGUUAUUAUCAAUCUUACAGUCGGGGUGGGUAUGGGAUCCCUUUUCACUAGCACGAAUCUGGCAAUACAGGCAAAGAUCUCUGUGAAUGAGCUUUCAUCCGCGCUUGGGUUCUUCGCAUUUUUCCGCACGUUAGGACAGGCGGUUGGUCUCGCCGUGGGCGGAACGGUUUUCCACAACAUGUUUGACAGAAAUCUGCCUGCCGAGCCGAGCAUUCUUUCCUUAACACGAGGACACGGCCUCGAUGCAGCACCGCUAAUUGGGGUGGUGAACGCAAUACCACAGGAAGACCCCCGCAAGCAUAAGAUCAUCUAUGCAUAUGCAGAAGCCCUGAGGAUUUUGUGGCUUGUCCUAUGCGGUUUCUCAGCGCUGGGUCUUCUAGCGAGCUUCUUUACCAAAGGGUACAGUUUGGAACCAUGGGAUAAUCGGGCACAUCGCACUGAUGUCGACGACUAUCUUGAGUCUGUACCGCCAGAUGUGGCUCUGGUUUCUGGAAAAGGGGAUUAG